AUGGAUGAAUCUCGUGCUAUGAUGGAAACAUUAACAGUUAAAAUUUGUGAUGAAAUUCAAACAGCUGAAGCAGAAUUAGCUCGUGAAACUUAUAACUUUGAUCUAGAAUGUUUACAACGACAAUCAAAUACUGAUUCAUUAAAUAAACAAUUAUUUCAAGAAUGUUUAGAUUAUUUAUCUGAUAAAAAAAUAUCUAUUGAAAAAGCUCUUCUACUUAAUACACAAUUAGUGAGUACUUAUCGAAGAACAUUAUAUACUUAUUAUCAAAUAAAAACACGUUUAAUAGUACAAGAAACAAUUCAAUCUGCUGUUGAUCAUAUAACUAAAUUUCUUGUUGAUCAAGUCGAUUUUGAAACUGUACAUCGUGAAGCUAUGCUCAAAGUACACAGAGAAGAAUUACAACAACAACAAGAAGUACUUGUAUAA